CCGGGAUGGUCGGUCUACUUUUGGGCCGCUGCUUCUUUAGACUUCUCCCCUCGGCUCUGCCGGGGCCCCAGCAGGUGCAGCAAAGCUCGUCCCGGAGUCCGGCAUGGACAACAGUGUGUGGGUGGGCUCUUGGCGGCCCCACCGGCCCCGGGGCCCCAUUGCAGCACUCUACAGUGGUCCUGGGCCCAAGUAUCAACUGCCCCCUAGCACCGGUUACAAGAUGCACGACCCAUCUCGGUUCCGGGCUCCUGCCUACACGUUCGGUACCCGGAUUGCCACCCAAAACACGACGUGUGGCCCCGGCCCAGGGCACCUCAUCCCUCAGCGCAUGACCGUUCGGGGCCCCGAUGGCGGGCCUGCCUUCUCCAUCUACGGACGGCCCCGAGAGAGCCGCCUGUUCCGCACUCCGGGCCCUGGUCGCUACUUUCCAGAGCGGGCAGCCCGCAUCGCUUACCCCUGCGCCCCGGGGCACUCAAUAGGAGGCCGGAACAAAGAGUUAAAGGCGGACCUAACCCCCGGCCCGGCAGCCUACACGAUUCCGUCGCUCAUCGGCUCCCGUCUGAUCCACAAGCCUUCGGCUCCCACUUACUCCAUCUACGGCCGCAAUGCUUUGGGCAGCUUCUGCCAAGACUUGAGCAAGACUCCGGGCCCCUGUGCUUAUCACGAGGUGAACCCGGCCGUGUACAAGCCCAGGGCCCCCCAGUUCACCAUGCAGCCUCGCAACUACCUGCCCGGGGACAACACCGUGAAGCCUGGGCCGGCAGCCUACCACCCUCUUAAGCUUCGCCAAACACCUGGAGGCCCCACCUUCGGGAUCCGCCACUCGGAUUACGAGGCCCCUGUUAUAUUGGAAAUACAGGAAUAACCUCUGCGGGGCCCGAGGGGUGAAACCCCACAAAGGUUCCUCUCGUAAAGCCUCCUGGCCCAGCCCUGCCUCUGUCCAUCUGUCCAUUUGUCCGGCCGCCCCCACCCCCCUGAGCGUCUGUCAGCCUGUGUGGCUGUGGCCGCCUCCGUCCCGGCGGUAUAAAGCAGGCCCCUGGCGGGCCGCAGAGUAUACUCCCUCUUCUCUCUGGCCCUGGGCGCAGAGGCCAGCCGCCCCUGCAGCUGGAGCCCCGGCCCUGGGCCCCUGCAGCCUGAGCCUGUCUGUGUCUGUCUGUCAGUGUGCGGUGACCCCAUGCGGAA